GUCUGACGUCUAAUAGAGUCGAUUUUCUAAUUGUCCUUUUGUGAUGUAAAUGACAACACGUGUGGAAUUUUACCCAAUAAAAGGCCUCCGGAUACCUUUCGCUUCACUUUUGUGUUCCUAAUUAGUUAUCUAUAGGUUGUAUAACUACGAGAACAAUAUUAAAUUUAGUACAUUUAGAUAGAACUUAAAAUCUUAUGUCAAGUAAUGAAAGGUCAAAAUGUUAUGAAAGGUCAUUGUACAGUACAAGCACAGAAUAAACAAAAUAACCAAGGAGAUGGCGCCACAAGUGACAGCGGUGACGGAGCCAGUGACGCUGGGCGAGGGCCCGCACUGGGACCAUAGAGAACAGGCGCUCUACUUCGUUAGCAUCUUUGACCGCUCUAUCCACAAAUACGUCCCUGCCACAAAGAAACAUACGAGAUCUGUCCUAGAUGACUUAGUUGGCUUCAUAGUGCCAAUAGAAGGCAAACCAAAUCAUUUCGUGGUCGGUCUGAAGCGUCGUAUAGCUGAAGUCAUCUGGGACGGUCAAGACGGUACCGCAAAAGUUAUUCGUACCAUCGCAGAGAUAGACAAACAUAACCCCGAGAACAGACUCAAUGAUGGCAAAGCUGAUCCUAGAGGACGACUAUUUGCUGGUACAAUGGGCUAUGAAUACGAACCAGGCAAGUUCUAUCACAAGAAAGGUGCCUUAUACCGGUUCGAUCCUGACGGCAAAGUGCACACUUUGGCUGAGAACAUCGACAUAUCUAACGGACUUUGCUGGGAUGUUGAGGAAAAGGCAUUUUAUUACGCGGACUCCUUUGAAUAUGCGAUCAGAAGAUACGACUAUAAUAUUGAAACUGGCGAUAUUUCUAACCCAAAAUUCGUAUUCAACUACAAGGACCACGGGUUGGAGGGAAUUGUCGAUGGUAUGACCAUAGACACAGAAGGUAACCUCUGGGUUGCCAACUUCGAUGGUCAUCAGGUACUAAAAAUCGACCCCAAGAAAGGCAAACUUCUGCAAAAGAUUCGUAUCCCCGCACUUCAAGUGACCUCCGCAACAUUCGGAGGUCCAAACCUGGACAUUUUAUAUGUGACGUCAGCCUGUAUGAACCGCGGGGUCGAACAGAAACCUCCUUGCGGGUCUACAUUCCAACUGACAGGUCUCGGAGUCAAAGGUCAUCCCAACGCUAAUGCCAGAUUUGAUUAAAAUAAUAAACUGGAAUAAAAAUAUU